ACGAGAAGAAGAAGAACGGAGAGCAGCCGCACUGCAGCAGACACGUACCUGCGAACUGCGAUGAGUUCUUCCUCGGCGGCGGGAGGGCAGCAGCAGAUGGUCCGCGCGGCGCGCGGCGGGCUGCCGCGGCCGAGGCGGCCCAGCAGACCGGCGGCGGGAUCGCCAGGCCAGCGCCCCGCGCCCGGAACCGACGCGUCCUGGGGGCGAGCGGGAUACAGCUGGUGGGGCGGUGGCGCCGGAGCGCAGCUGGCCCCGGCGCCGAGGCGACAGUCGUGCAGAGCGGGUCUUGUUGGCAGGGUGCCGGCGCGCGUGCCGACGGGGAACCGGGAGCUGGUGCGGCGGGCGCUGUCGCCGCCGGCCACGGGUGUGCGUGGCGCCCCGCUCAGGAGGUGGAGCUUCCGGCCCACGCCCAGCCGGCUGCGGAACGCGUCGUGCCUUGCGUCCCCUGCAUCGCCACGGCCAUCGUGAUUUUCGUACCGUGCGGUGGUAGCAGAGCAGCUCGGUUCUCUUGGUGCAGGCUUUGUACAUUCUCGUUCUUGUUCGGUUUCUCUGGUUGUUUUGCCAAGUAACGGUAUUACGAAUUAGCAUGAGCAUCUUUCCUGUUACCCUGAAAAUCAAACUCGAUCGGGACAGACGAGAGAGACGAACAAGAGAGGUUUUUUUUGCGCGGCGC